AGUAUAAGAUGCAAGUUAUAUAUUUUAAAAUAUCAAAUUUAAAUUAGUAAAAAUGUACACUUACAGAUUUGUUAAGUUAUUCAAAUUAAUUUUUCCUAACAAAGAAAUAUUUAAAGCCCCUAAAUUUAAAAGGCUUUCAGAUAAAACAAAAGAGCCCAAUAUCUAGGACGUCCUUACAGAACCCAAAUCCAGAAGCAUACCAUUUGUAAGGAGACGCGUGGAGAAAAUAAACGAUUUGGAGAGUCCUAAAAAGAAAGUCACGCCACAUCGACAUAAAAGCCGUCAUAACAAGUACAAUUUGUACAGCUCAUCAAACUCUCUUGAAUCUUCUCUCUAAAGCGGCGGACUCAGUCAAACUCAAACAUCAUUGGCCGUCUCUCUCCUUCUCUUUAUCCUUUUGUUAGAGAUUACGUCACUUUCUAUAAAACGAUACUCUCACUUUCACUCCUUGUAAAAUAUUCUCUUUUAUCAAAGAUAUGUCCCCAAGGCUGGAAAAUGUGGGUCACGCCGAUGCCGCCGGAGGAAAGGUUAAGGAGGUGCAUUAUAGAGGAGUGAGGAAGAGACCAUGGGGGAGAUAUGCGGCUGAGAUCCGUGACCCGGGAAAGAAAACUCGGGUCUGGCUCGGAACCUUUGACACGGCCGAGGAAGCCGCUAGAGCCUACGACUCCGCCGCGAGAGAGUUCCGUGGUUCCAAGGCAACAACCAACUUCCCUUUCAGCGGCGGCGUCGAUGCAGGGAAUGCUUUUGGCUUUGGGACCCAUGUGACGGCGCGUGAGGGAGUUUGUGGAAAUAAUAAUGUUUCGGGCGUGUUAGCUCCAAAGGUUACUGGAUUUUUCUUAGAUCUCCCGCAUGCUACUGCGUCGAGAGAGGAGCUGGUUCGAGGUUUCCCAGUCCGGUUCGAGCCAAUGGAAAUGGGAUUGAGUAUCGGUCUGAGAACUACCGUGGAAGUCAAGAGGGAUGCCGCUGAUUAUAAGCUUGGAAGGGAUCUGAAUCUAGAACUUAGCUUAGCUCCAUCGAUGGACGUUUAGUCAUCUUUUUUUUGUACUAGAGCUUAAUUUUUAAUUUAACAAGAAUAUCCUUUUUAUAUUAAAGAAAAUUAUCCCUUUUCAGUUCGUCUUGAAGAAAUAUAUUUUUGUCAUUUCUUUAUUGUGGCUGUACUCCUUAUUGGUAGAUUUAUGUUUCUAUACUUAGGUGUUAUAUCAUUUGUUGUCAAUAUGUUUCUACUGUACUGAGGUUGGUCGAUUUUGGACUAGAGAUAAAAAAAAAACCAAAAGCAACAAAAAAACCUUAACUAUUUGUGACAUUUUAGUCUAGGCUUAAAAAGUUAAAAAAGUAAAAAAAAAUAGUAAUUUGAAUUAUUUAAGAGGACCUACUUAAGACCAUCCGCAUUAGCGGAUUAUAACAGGUUUAUGGGCUCGGUUUCUUAGGCCCGGUGGAUUAAAAAAAAAAGAAAAAAUCGAUUAGUUUGAUGAAACGGGCCUUGCGCAUGAACCCGUAAGGGGCGGAUGUUGCCACGCGGCGUACGCUGGGUUUCACCGUGAGAGGCGACUUUUCGUGCGACGACGAUUCCCGGCGAUUUUCUCGACGUAAUCGACGACGACCUCUUCUCUCCACCAGCGUAGAUGGAUCCGGAAGAAGAUAGAAGACAUUCAAAGAAGCAACACGAACACAUCAACAUGUUAAGUUUCGUGGCGGAUUCUGAGUACGGUAUUCCUAAAAGGUGUCCGUGUGGUGGGAGACUCAUAAACGAGGUGCGCGGGAAGGAGGACUACGACACUCUUCCUGGGAAGCGGUUCUUCACCUGCAGAAACUACGAGGCUGAUGGGCUCCAUUAUCGUCAGCCUUGGGUGAUAGGUGUGCAGGAGGAGCUGGAGAGGCUAACUAAACGGGUGGAAGAGGCUGAGGAGGUGAUGCUGGAGGUGUCCAAUCUUGGUAAACGGUUUGAGAGACUUGAGGAACAGGUUAAUUCACUGAAUGAGGCUGUCUAUGACCUCACUGUGCAGGUCCAUUCCCUCGAGAAGGUCUGCUUCGAUUGACAAUGAAAGGUCACGGGUUGGAGGUGACAGUGUUGCAGGUCACGGGUUGGAUGUUUAGGUUGUUUCAGGUCACGGGUUAUGUUUCUUUCUACACUGCAGGUCACUCAUGUACUAUGUCUAUGUAUUUUUCUAUUGUUGUAACUCUGAACUUGAUUCACGGAUGUACUAAACCAGAUCACGGAUAUGCUAUGUUGUAACUCUAUGUCUCUCUAUAUAAAUGAUGUCUCUACUCUCUGCUUUUUAAUCAAAGUUAUCUUCUAUUUCUUCUCUUGCUUUUGUUUCUCUUCUCUGUGUUGGUCUUGUUUGUCUUGUUUAUUUUUCUUUUCUCACUACAAAACGAACAUUCAACAACAUACAACAAACUACAACAACUAAAUCUAACUACAACAACAUACAACAAACUACAACGUUUCGGCCAAUGACCUGGCUUGUGGCAAUGGAAGCAAUCGCCAGUUGGCAUGGCUAACCAAGGAGUGAAGUCCGUGACCAACAAACAACAUACAAGAGCAACUACCUUCUACAACAAACAAGAGCAACUACCUUCAAGAUUGGUAAGAAAAUAUGGUUUAUGAAAAUUAGAAAGAAUUAUAGUUAAAAUAAAAUAUGGAUGAAGUAAAAAUAUAGGAUUCUUAAAAAAAUAUGGUUUAUGAAAAUUAGAAAGAAUUAUAGUUAAAAUAAAAUAUGGAUGAAGUAAAAAUAUAGGAUUCUUAAAAAAAUAUGAAUUAUAGUUAAAAUAAAAUAUGGAUGAAGUAAAAAUAUAGGAUUCUUAAAAAAAUAUGGUUUAUGAAAAUUAGAAAGAAUUAUAGUUAAAAUAAAAUAUGGAUGAAGUAAAAAUAUAGGAUUCUUAGAAAAAUAUGGUUUAUGAAAAUUAGAAAGAAUUAUAGUUAAAAUAAAAUAUGAAAUUACAAAUCCCCUUUUCUCAUGUUAGGAAGAAAACAUCAACAAUGUCUUCCUCAUCAAGUGAUGAAGUUGAUGAAGCUAUAGAAGAAAUGGUCGACGAAGUAGUUGAUAAUUACAUUGACUCAAUAGUUGAGGUCCAAGGCAACAAGCCGAAAAGACGAGCUUAUAUCGACAGAGAUCGGGAACAAGGACACAAUCAACUAUGGAACGAUUAUUUUAAGGAAAAUCCUACAUACCCACCGGAAAUGUUUAGGAGGCGUUUUCGAAUGAACAAGCCAUUGUUCCUUCGCAUUGUCGAACGUAUAAGUAAUGAAGUUCCAUACUUUCAGCAAAGACGAAAUGCUCACGGGAGGAACGGGCUUUCUGCACUUCAAAAGUGUACGGCAGCUAUACGUAUGCUGGCAUAUGGUCAAUCGGGAGAUACAUAUGACGAAUAUCUCCGACUUGGUGACAGUACAUCACGUUUGUGUUUGGCAAAUUUCACUGAUGCAAUAAUACAAUUGUUUGGAAAUGAGUAUCUACGAAAACCUACAGCCGAGGAUCUUCAACGCUUACUCGAUGUUGGAGAGGUACGGGGGUUUCCGGGGAUGAUAGGCAGCAUCGACUGCAUGCAUUGGGAGUGGAAAAACUGCCCAACGGCUUGGAAAGGUCAGUUCACACGUGGUUCAGGAAAGCCGACAAUUGUCUUAGAAGCCGUGGCAUCACAAGAUCUUUGGAUAUGGCACGCAUUUUUCGGCUUACCAGGUACCCUCAACGAUAUCAAUGUUCUUGAUCGGUCCCCUGUUUUUGAUGACAUCUUACAUGGUCGAGCACCAAAAGUUAAGUUCAAGGUCAACAACCACACUUAUCGUAUGGCCUACUAUCUUACUGACGGAAUUUAUCCAAACUGGUCAACAUUUAUCCAAUCCAUCCCACUUCCUCAAGGUCCUAAAGCCGAGAAAUUUGCUGAAAAGCAAGAAUCCGCCAGAAAAGAUGUCGAACGGGCUUUUGGAGUAUUGCAAUCGAGGUUUGCAAUUGUUAAAAACCCAGCUCUACAAUGGGACAAGGAGAAGAUAGGAAAGAUCAUGCGAACUUGUGUCAUAUUGCACAAUAUGAUAGUAGAGAACGAACGACACGCAUACGCUCAAAUUGAUACUUCUGAGUUCGAGUCCGGAGAAUCAAGCAGAAGUUCGAGGGUGAUAAGGAGACAAAGUAUUCAUGUCGGUGAUAUGUUAGGCAUGCGCAGAGAAGUUCGAGAUCCAGAGAAGCAUGCUCGUUUGAAAGCUGAUUUAAUGGAAAAUAUAUGGCAAAAGUUCGGUGAUGAAAAUGAAUAAGCUUUGUAUGUUAUUGAAUUUCUUGAUUUAUGUAAUCUACUUUUUAUGUAUUGAAUAAAAAAUUAAAAAAUAUUUUUAAUAUUUUUAAAUAUUUAAAUCAUGUAUUCUGAAUAUUUUGAAAUUUUUAAAAAAUAAAAUAUUUAUUAUUAUUUUAUUCCUAUGAACUCCUUCUUGAAGUUCAGCAAUGCAGAAAACAACAAAUACAGGUUCAUAACUAUUCAUGGAUCCACUAAAAAAUAUUAAAAAAUUUUUGUGAACCCCAAGAGGAGGUUCACCAAUGCUUAUGCUCUAAAGUCCUGACCAUUUGGGUCUUGACGAGGGAUGAGCAGAUGAGGUAUUGGUGUCAGGUGGGUGUUCACGUGUGCUUUUCGCCGUCCACAAGACACGUAGUAGAAUAACAAAAGUUUUCUUAUUCCUUCGCUUGUCUAAAAAGUCUUCACGCCUCUCUCAUCGUGGCGGUACUCAGUUAAUGAAUCAUGGCGAUACGUAGUUGUGGAUUUAUACUUUAUUCUCUCUUCCCCAUUGUUAAUAAGGAGGACUAUAAUCCACAGCUGGAGUAUUUACAUGUUUGUAAAUCCCAAACAUGCAUGAAUGUAUCUCAUACUAUAUAGUGUUAAUGGACACGUCUCAUUGUAAACAUCUGUCGACCACAACACAUGCCUCCUAUAUAUGAAAACUAAUUGGUUUCGCGAGGUGUCCAAAAGAAAACUUAUCAGUCUUUUAUACGAUAAAGUAUAUGACCAAAUCGUCAAUAAUUUCCUUCUGGAAUACAACUAUAUUCUAGUCGACAAACACAGCCAAAAAAAACAUAACACGUUUCAACGUGAGAGAUUUUGAAUAAUUUGAGAAUAGCGCAAAUGAAUCUGAUUAUACAUGUGAUCGUUACUCAUGGACAAACACGUUUUGGAAUUAGAUGGAACACUUUCAAGAAUGAUAUACCAUUGUUUUCUUCAAAAGAACGGGUAUAA